AUGUUUGACUUGAAAGCGAUUGUGCGUCCAAACAUUAUCAAGUUGGAGCCAUACAGGUGCGCCAGGGACGACUUCAAAACGGGGAUUCUCCUCGAUGCAAACGAAAACACACAUGGCCCCGCGUUAUCUGAGCCUAGUGCGUUGGAGCUCGAGUUGGAACUCAACCGGUACCCGGACCCGCACCAGGAGGAGCUCAAGCAGCAAAUUGUCGACUCCAGGAACGGCACGCCCAACAUGCACGCUACAAGGAAGGUCACCGUGGAGAACUUGUGUCUUGGAGUUGGGUCAGAUGAGAGUAUAGACAUGUUGAUGCGCUGUUGUUGUGCGCCGGCAAGGGAGAAGUUGCUCGUGUGUCCGCCCACGUAUGGAAUGUACAGUAUCUGCGCCGCCGUGAACGACGUUGAAAUUGUCAAGGUGCCGUUGACAGUGCCCGAUUUCCAAAUCGACGUCGAGGCCAUCGUGAGCAAACUCGAGAGUGAAACUGGGGUCAAGUUGAUCUAUUUGACCUCGCCCGGUAACCCCACGGGGAAACUCAUCAGCGUGGACACGAUCAUCCUGCUUUUGGAAAAAGUUCAAGAUGGAUGGAACGGGCUCGUGGUGGUGGAUGAAGCGUAUAUUGACUUCACUGCGCCGCCUCAGGACGGAUUCAGCCAGUCGAUGGCGACGUUGGUGAACCAGUACCCCAAUUUGGUGGUGAUGCAAACGUUGAGCAAGUCGUUUGGACUCGCGGGGAUACGGUUGGGCGUCACGUUUUGCAACGCGCAGUUGAGCAAGAUCUUGAACUCGGUCAAGUACCCCUACAACAUCUCGUCCUUGACCUCUGACGUUGCGCUCAAGGCCACUUCACCACGGGGUAUUGCAGUUAUGCAGCGAUACGUCAAGAGCAUCAACGAGCAGCGCGACCUCGUGUUGGCGAAAAUCCUCGCGUUGGAAUACGUGGGCAGAAAUCUCGGUGGGUUGGACUCGAACUUCAUCUUGGUUGAGAUAUUGGACAAGGAGAAGAAACCUUCGAACGAGGUUGCUUUGAAAUUGUACAAUACUUUGGCGGUGGACAACGCCGUGGUGGUGAGAUUCAGAGGCAAUGAGCUUAACUGUACUGGAGGCUUACGAAUCUCGAUUGGGACUACAGAAGAGAACCAGGUCAUGCUUAGCAAACUCGAGCGUGUUUUACUAGAAUUGAACAAGUAG